GGCUUGGAGAUGUGUCAUAGUUGAAAACCCAUUGCGGAGGGAUAUGUUAUUUGGAGAACAGAAAAAGAAUUCUUUGGAAAUUCAGUUAAUGACAUCCUCUAGGCAGAAUGUAAUCUCAGGAGGUCACAUGAAAGGCAAUUCUCAUGGAGAUUCUGGGUUGUCAGUCUUUAGCAACAGUUUGUGGUGAAGGUUGGAAUGCAUUUAUUCACUUCUGAAUUCAAGUAAGAUAUGUCUAUAGAGAAAAUAUUCCAAAUUGGAAACCCAUUAAAAAGCCCUGACAGAUACUGGUCAUUACCUGUGAAAUUGUACUGUUAUUUCUCAUUGCUGCACAAAUGCAGGGCUAACUUGCAUUAAUGUGUAUUAUUGCAGAGAGGCAGGAAGGUGGAAUUAAAUUUUACAACUGUAGAACUGAAGGGGUUCAGGAAAAGAACCAGUAGAGAUGUAAGAAAUCUGGUCUGUCUGUUCUAAUUCUGCACAACUAAAACAAGGUGACAUCAUCCAGAAAUGUUGCUUAUUGACAGUUUUCUCCCCCAUCAACUGGAAUUUGAACAGAAGACUCCCAUUACGCAGAUAACUCCCAGUGGUGUUAAUGGAAAUUACCUGUGUAACCAACCCCCCUGCCUAGAUAGAAUGCCAGAUGCCUAGAGCACUUUUAAUUGCAAUGUACCUAAUUGCAAAAAAAUCUAAUUGCAUCUGCUUUCCUUUCCUUUAGGUAUCCAAGCGAGGACGGGAAUAAUGAAGAGACACAUGUGCUAGUGGCAGCCUUUUGAACUAUACAAGAAGGAGAUCAACGGUGUGGACAGAGCUGGAACCGCUGCCAUGCUUGUUUGUUGGAGCAAAUGAGGAAUGGGCUUGUGAUUAUGCGGACAUUCCAGCAUGAAUCUGGUAGACCUGUGGUUGACCCGCUCCCUCUCCAUGUGUCUCCUCCUACAAAGCUUUGUUCUUAUGAUACUGUGCUUUCAUUCUGCCAGUAUGUGUCCCAAGGGCUGUCUUUGUUCUUCCUCUGGGGGCUUAAAUGUCACCUGCAGCAAUGCCAACCUCAAGGAAAUCCCUAGAGAUCUUCCUCCUGAAACAGUCUUAUUGUAUCUGGACUCCAAUCAGAUCACAUCUAUUCCCAAUGAGAUUUUUAAGGACCUCCAUCAACUGAGAGUUCUCAACCUGUCCAAAAAUGGCAUUGAGUUCAUCGAUGAGCAUGCCUUCAAAGGAGUCACUGAGACUUUGCAGACUCUGGACUUGUCUGACAACCGGAUUCAAAGUGUGCACAAAAAUGCCUUCAAUAACCUGAAGGCCAGGGCCAGAAUUGCCAACAACCCCUGGCACUGCGACUGUACUCUACAGCAAGUUCUGAGGAGCAUGGCGUCCAAUCACGAGACAGCCCACAAUGUGAUCUGUAAGACUUCUGUGUUGGACGAACACGCCGGGAGACCGUUUCUCAAUGCUGCCAAUGAUGCUGACCUUUGUAACAUCCCUAGAAAAACUACCGAUUAUGCCAUGCUGGUUACCAUGUUUGGCUGGUUCACCAUGGUGAUCUCAUACGUGGUGUAUUAUGUGAGGCAAAAUCAGGAGGAUGCCCGGAGACACCUUGAAUACUUGAAAUCCCUGCCAAGCAGGCAAAAGAAAGCGGACGAACCCGAUGAUAUUAGCACUGUGGUAUAGUGUCCAAACUGACUGGCAUUGAGAAAGCAAUUCAUAUGCAAUUGCAGUAGAAUAAGUGGUUUACUUCUCCCACCCAUUGUAAACAUUUAAAACUUUGUAUCUCCGUUUCUUUUGAAUUAUGCCACUGUUGGUCUUUUAACAGACAUGACAACACAACAAAUGAUUUUAGUUUAGAUGAUCCACCCCUUAAUUGUACCCCCGGUGGUAUAUUCCCAAGUCAGAAUAUACUAAGUUAUAACAUUAUAAGAUAAUGUUACUAUCUGAACAUAGUUAGCUCCAUCUCACUAUUUAAUAAUGAAAUUUAUUUUUUUAAUUUAAAACCAAAUAAAAGCUUAACUUUGAACCAUG